CCUGUUUCCUCUGCAUGGACUCAAAGACUUCUCCACAGCUUUCCAAAGCUGAGAUAAGAAUUCUACAGUGGGCAGAACUUGGAGGACCUUAGAAGGAAAAGCUGCAUUUGCUUGGGUGCGAUUCUUCCCGGGUUUGAAGCAUUUCUGGGGCAGGAUCCAGAGAAGUACAACACUGAGAGUCUGAAGAGACAGGAGCAGGGACGCAGCUUCUAUGGCUUCCUCAGUCCUAGAGAAUGUCAAGGAGGAGGUGACCUGCCCCAUCUGCCUGGAGCUCAUGAAGGAUCCUGUAAGCACAGACUGCGGCCACUAUUUCUGCAAACUCUGCAUCACCUCAAACUAUGAGUCCAUGCAACACGGAGAAGGUGUGGGCCGCUGCCCCGUGUGCCGAAUCACCUACCAGUUUGAAAACCUGAGGCCCAGUCGACAUGUGGCCAACAUAGUAGAGAGGCUCCGGGAGUUGACACUGCCCUUGAAGGCAGAUCUGUGUGAGCUCCAUGGGGAGAAACUCCUGCUGUUUUGUAAAGAGGAUGAGGAGGUCAUUUGCUGGCUUUGUGAGCAUUCUCAGAAGCACUGUGGUCACCACACUCUUCUCAUGGAGGAGGCUGCACAGGAGUAUCGGGGUGUGAAGAACACCAUGGAAUGGUGUAUGUUAUUCACUGUGCAGGAACCAAGAACUUACCCCAAGCGACAGAAGAUGGUGUUCCAAGCUCCUGAUCUGAAAGGGAUUCUCCAAUUGCAUCAAGCUCCUGUGAAACUUUCUCCAAGCAACAAUGAAAAUGUUACCAUUCUGUAGGUGUUCUGAAGAAUUGCAAAUUGCCGCUUUACAAAUUCGGUGGAAGGAUUUCAGGGAAGCCUUUCUAAAAGAAGGGCUACUGCAGUUACAUGAUGGAAGAUACUUUAAAUCCCCCUUAAACUUCAGUGUUUCAAGUUAUCCACCUAAAUGUGCCUGCUGGGUCUGACAGCUGGAGGAAAAUUUAUGUACAAGGCAUUUGUGGUGUCUAACAAGGUCCAAGGAACAGUUCUGAUCCUUGGACCUUGGCCUUUUCCCUGGCUGUUCCUCCAGCUCUUGUUGGAGAUUUUCUAGACUCUGAGCCUCAUACUCUGCAUUCUAUAGUGUGGUAUGCCAUGGGUUUCUCAUCUAU